GAUUGGACAGCCACUGGUUUUUAUUGUCCGCUUGCCUGUCGCCUCCGUUUCUUAGUUUGAACCGAACUGGCUGAGAGUAGGACGCCAUGCCCAACGUUAGCAAGCAGAUCGCCGGAGCAGCCGAGCGGCAUUCCUGCUGAUCGUCCUCGCCCGCAAUCGAAACCGAACUCGUGCGGGAUGCCGUCGGCGGGUCUGGAGAUCGUGGGGAUGGGACUGUGUGUCCUGGGUUGGCUGGGUGUCAUGCUGGCUUGCGGACUGCCCAUGUGGAAAGUGUCGGCUUUUAUCGAGAGUAACAUCGUGGUGGCUCAGACGGUCUGGGAAGGUCUAUGGAUGAACUGCGUGGUUCAGAGCACCGGACAAAUGCAGUGCAAAGUCUACAACUCCCUUCUGUCGCUGGGACAGGAUCAACAGGCUGCCCGGGCGCUGACUGUCAUCGCCUCCAUCAUGGGACUCAUCGGGCUCCUCGUUACCAUUCUGGGAGCUCAGUGCACCAACUGCACCGAGGGAGUGAGUACCAAAGCCCGGAUCGUCAUCAGCGGAGGUGUCAUCUUCAUCCUGGCUGGUUUACUUGCCCUCAUCCCCGUGUGCUGGAUGGCGAACACCAUCGUCCGCGACUUCUACGACCCCAUCGUUCCCGUGUCCAAGAAGAGAGAGAUGGGGGCGGCGCUGUAUGUAGGCUGGUCGGCCAGCGCACUCCUCUUCAUCGGGGGCUCCCUGCUGUGCUGUUCUUGCCCCCCGAAGCAAGACCAGUCUUCCUUCGCUGUCAAGUACACGGCCCCGAGGAGAGCUUCGGCCAACGGGGACUACGACAAGAGGAAUUACGUGUGAUCGGGUCCCCCUGGCAUUCCGGGGAGACCAGAAUCGGACACAGGGGAACGAGGAAUCGUAGAACCUGACCUCCCGCCAGCUUUCUAUUCUGCUUAUUCAAAGCAUUCCUAUUUUUAUUUAAUGGAGUCAUAUUGUAAUCGGAAACAGGAGUGCUUGUUAUGUGUCUAAAGCAGUUUGACAGCUUUGAGUUAACUGGUCGAGAACUGGAAGCGCGCACCGAGAGUGACUUCACAAGUGAUUUUGAAGAAACUUUUGAACAAUCAUUCGGACAUUGAUCGAAUGUAUUUGCAGUGAACAUUUUUGUGAGCGUAGAAGUCUUUGUGAAAGUGCGGGGAACUCUCGGUCUCACGUCCAGGCUUUAUCUGUAGUGGCUCUGCCAGGCAUUGGUAGACGGUCAGUUUAGACUGAGCCUUGUAGAAUUAAUUAGAACAUUUGUUUCAUUAGAAAAGUUGGUGCGACAUAACAAUGCUUUUACUCUGCGUUACCAGUCAGAAGUAACCCAGCGCGUACUCACAGCUUUAGCCCAAAUCUCUUUUCCGCUUCUUUCGUUAAGUAUAGAUUUUUGCAGAAAUUAAUGGCUCGUAACUAUUUCUCCGGCUCUGCCUCAUGUUCGUAGUUUAAUGAGACUAAAGUUAGUGCGUUUGGUGCAGUGGGCUUUAUGAAUGAGAUUUGGAUCCCGGCAGAGAGUCACGAUCUGCUUUGCUGUCACGUUUGUUCGGUUAAAAUUCUUUAAGGCGAUUUGAGUCCGCGACAAAUUGUCCCAUAGUUCGCCACACUGAUUUGAGAUUCAACUUCUCCAAAAUAGGCGCUGGUCGCUUCGACCUGUUGCUUCUCUCACGUCGAACAAAAGGGCGGACUCCCUUUUCAGAGCACUGUUUCACUGCCUCCCAUUCUGAAUUUAAAAGUGGGCAACUCUUUAGAAAUUUGGCGCUUUGAAUGGGCAGCUCUCUCCGGACAUCUUAAUGGCGGAAACUGAUAACACAGGGAAUGGAGCAGGGAGAUUAUUUCUUUGAGGCAAUUACCAAGACAGUUUUAACGAAGGUAGUAUUAAUGCAGUUAACGUUGACGCGAGCCGUAUUAAUGCAUUGGGUAGUAAUGCGGGGGGUAUUAUUUGGAGGGUGCAGAGAGAAUAUUCAGAAUACGCUGUUGCGUUUGGAGAAUGGGGGAGAGUUAUUGAUGCAGAUGCAAUGAAGGAAGGGACCGCAAUUAAGGAAAUCAAACGGACUGCUUCCCUUCCCACGGAUGCUGCCUGACUUGCAGAGUUGUUGAUCGUGUCUGGGUCAUGAGGAUUAGUGUGACGGGACAGAACUAGUAGUUAGAUUAAUUGGUAGUUAGAUUAAUAAUCUAGGUAGAAUUUUUUACAUCGAUUUGCCAAAGGCUUCAGACAGAUCCAGAGUCUGGUUUAGAUAACGCUGACCCUAGAUAUUGUUCUCUGUAGUGAUGGCGAAAUAUCUGAAUUGUUUCUGUGACUUGGUGGUGAGAACUCUCCCCCAACGAACCGUUCUCAUGACUUGGCUCACCCUCCCCUCCCCACCCCACCCCACCCCCCAAGCAUUUCGUCUUUUCUCUUUAGAAUGUGAUCGUAAUAAAUGCAAACUGUGGACAAUCACGUGACUAACAGUGAGAUUGCUAGUGAGAGGACGUCCUGUUGCCCUGGUUACUGGAGAUGCUGCCGGUAGCCAGGAAACCAGCCAUUCUUUGUUGGGCCCCAUCCAGUCUGAGCCCUUCAGCGCUCAAAGCCUCGCGUCACAUGUCCUAGUCGAGUGCACCCUCAGAAACCCAGGCCCGCAGUGCUCAAAGCCUUGGCAACGUGCAACCUCCUGCCUUGCUUUUCCAAGAGAAAGGGAAGCGAUGUUGCAGACAGAAACAGUUCUAAUUUAUACUCGGCACUGAUAACUUGGGCAAAGUUACCAGGGAAAUCAGAUUAGGCACCCUAAUUCAGUCAGGGUGGAUAGUCGUAAUGUUCAGUACAGUUACCUCGGUUAGAAACACCCGCAUCAGCAGCGUCAGCAUGUGGUUUUCAUAUUUCACAAAUUGUGUCAGUAUUCCGCUCUAAAGUUCAGAACACCAUGAAAACAGGAGCAGGAAUAGACCCUUCGGCUCCUCGAGUCUACCCUGCCAUUCAAUAUGAACAUUGGUGACCUGCCCAGAACUGAUCUCUUCCUCCGGGCCAGAUCUCCAGCCAUCAAUUCCUGGUCUUGCAAACUCCUAGCACUUGACGGGAACACCAUCCAACACAACAACAUGGCACAGGAUUAAAUUAAUCCAUUAACUGCCCCCAACGGGGACCGCUAAAUUACCCCCACGUUAUGUUGUCGCUUUGUCUGCCCUUGACACAAGAACCAAAACUGCCAAUUAAGGGAUAUUUGAGUAUUAAGUAACACAAACGAGUUUAGACCCCAGAAGAUCACCAGACUGGCCAGUUCCCUCCCACCUUGCGUACUGUAUUGCCCAGUUCAUUUAAUUUAUGGGGGUGGGGGUGCGGCAAGCAUCCAACAGGAAAUCCGCUCGCUAUCCGCAAGAAAAACCGAGCAAAACUUUCGGAGAUUAUCCCGGGUGGUCAGAUAAUUCCGGACAGGAGCCUGGACUGGUUUUUCAGAACUUGACUGCCAUUUUGAGUGCGAGUGUGAUCUUCCUUUUAAAAGAUGGAGCCGUUCCAGGAUCCACGCACCAACACAAAGCUGUGUCUUUUUCCAAAUGGGGAGAAGUUAUAACAGUGAGCCUCCAUGGGGCAAAACCUUCGAUAAGAAUUUGUGCUUCUGUGUUUUCUUAAUGAGUAUGGGAAACGGGCUAUAAACACCCUUCCCACCCCAUCACCCCAACCAAAGAAUGUCCUUUAUUCAGGUCCUACGGAUGUCGCUUUGAAGAUAGGGUUCCAACGCUGCACAGAACGGUGUGACUGUUUAUGCAUUUCAUUACAUGAAGUGCACGCGUGAAGCACAUCGCAGUAUUUAACUAACCCCAAUAAUUAAUAAGAAACCGGCUGUUUGUAGCGAAUGGUCGGUAACCACCAUGCUCUGCACUUCUGCUAAUGUUAGUUGAUUUUAAACAUGUUCGAUGUUUUCGAUGCUAUUGUAUAUCAUCUGACAUUAUCUCUAUUGAAGAAAUAUUUCUUAGCCUCCCUGGCUAAUUUGUUGACCUCAACUAAUCUAGCCAUCACUUGUGGCUUUGGUUUAGAAAUGGAACGAUAAACUGAAGGGGUUGUUAUAUGUUUAACUUAGUUAUGGCUCCGCCGACGGGACACUUGGUGAAGGGAUUAUGUGCUCUGUUAAUUAAUUUGUCCGACGCCAAUAAUUUCUGUUCAUUAAGUGUUCAACUUGCAAAUAACCUAUGCACUUGGUUUCUAUGGAGGAUGGUAGAUUUUCGCUCCCUGCACCACAUAAAAUGCCUUGUACACUAAA